AUGAACGCCUUUCGUGCCGUCACUCUCAGACAAGGAGUGACGCCACUCCCGCGAUUACGAGUAUGGUUGCGCAACGCCAGCAGCAGCAGCAGCGGCGGCGGCGGCGGCGGCCGGCGUAAGACGUCAUCGAAGAGGUUCGGCAAGUUUGCCAGCGUCGCAGCCGUAUUCGGCGGCGCAGCAGCAACAUCAUACUACUUCCCAGUCGUCAAGGAGAUGGUGGGUGUGCUCAUGAUGACCGAGGAGGACAGGGCAGCCCGCGAUGGCCCCAAGUUUGCGCAGCCCGAGCUCAAGUUUGAGCCGGUGGUGUCCAACCCGGCCGAGGACCAGAGGAAGCUGCUGAGCUCGCAGAACCUGCAGGUUCUGCGCAGCUGGGAGCAUCCGGGCGUGUACGUGUGGGGGUCUAACGUGGGCAGGGUGGUUGACCCGGAGUCGGAGGACAAGUAUGUCAAGCAGCCUCGGCGCCUCAAGUUCUUUGAUGACAAGGUUCUACGCGACCUGAAGCUCACAAACACGUUUGGCGCAGCUGUGACAGAGAAGGGCGACCUGGUGCAGUGGGGGCUGGGGUUCUCCAAGGAUGACCCGCGGCCGGUGACCACGGUCAAAGGCAAGGACCUGGCCAAGAUUGACGUAUCGGCUGACCGCAUCAUUGCCCUGGCGCGUGACGGGUCCGUGUACGCCGUCCCUUCGUCUCAGGACGACCUCAAGUCGUUCGCGCUCGGGGAGACCAAGGCCAAGCGCUCGUCGUGGUCUCUGUGGGGGAGCAGCCCGGCUGUCCUGCGCACUCUGACCCCCGGCGGUCUCGGGUGGGGCGAGAGGGUGACGGACAUCAGCAGCGGGCUGGAACAUUGUCUGCUCCUGACAUCCAAGGGCCGCGUCUUCUCCCUCGCGUCCAGCAGCUCUGACUUUCCUUCCAAGGGCCAGAUGGGCAUCCCCGGCCUGACGUGGGAGACGAAGCCGCAGAACCAGGCGUACGACGUGGCACACGAGAUUACGGCCCUCAAGGACACUGAAGUUGUGCAGAUCGCCACGGGUGACUACCACUCUGCUGUGCUGGACAAGGCCGGCAACUUGUAUACCUUUGGCGACAACCUGUACGGCCAGCUGGGCUUCGAUAUGGACCCGGCCAACUCGACGGCGUGGGCGCCUGUGCACAUCCCCACCAACAAGCUGUACUACCACCAGGGAAAGCUCACCUCACGGGUGACGGGCGUGGCGGCCGGCGGGAACAACACAUACUUCUCCGUCGACGUCGACACGCCGGCCCCUGCCCCCGACGCCAAGCCGGGUAGGAGACUGCCCCCCACGACGUCGGACGUAUGGGCCUUUGGCCAGGGCGUGUACGGCGCUCUGGGUACGGGAAAAUGGACGCACGUGUCGGCAACGCCGGGAAAGAUCAAGGGUAUCUCGGGACGGUUCGAGUUUGACGAAAAGACCAACUCUCUGCAGCCCAUCCGCGUCAAGGCGCUCAACAUCGGCACCACGCACUGCGCCGCCGUCAUGGACAACGCGACCAACACGUCCGCGCCGCGCACCAGCGCAACGAGCAAGGCCAACCCCGACACUCCCACAAACUGGGGGUCCGACGUCGUCUUUUGGGGUGGCAACGAGUACUUCCAACUCGGCACGGGCAAAAGGAACAACCUGUGCGUGCCUGGAUACAUCCCCCCCUUCGAGGUCGAGACGGAGAAGGAGAAGGAGAAGGAGAAGGGCAAGAAGAGUAAGGCUGAGGAGAAGAGCCAGGAUAGGCUCUGUCUCACGCCGAGGGAAAACGUCAGGAUAGGCGAGGAUGGGAGGGGGCGCAGGCUGACGCUUGAGCAGAGGGUUGAGUGUGGACGGUUUGUGAGUGGUGUGUAUUCUGGGGUAUAA